UGAAACCCUUGCGCGCAACAGCCAAUCCUGCUUCUUGCUGUUGAUCACCCGGCAGAAACAAAACUAGCUAGGUUACAUUAAAAAAACAACAACAGCUAACGUUAGUUAUAAAGAAAUCGUUCAUUUUAUUUCACUUUCUGGAGCAGGGGAUUAAGAUGCUUUCUACUGGAGAUGUCCAAGGUUGUCUUCGUAAACUGGAAACUCUCCUGCGGGUGAUAAAGUAUACAGGAUAUGUCGACUACAAUGGCCUUUCCAAAGGAGAUCCCUCAGCUUUUCUACCAAUAGUGAGCUUCACCCUCACCUCCUUCUCUCCACCUUUUGCUGAGCAACUAAUGGCGACUGGACUGGAGCUGACUGGCAAAACUGACCUCCGAUUUACUGACACUCUUUAUAAGGUACUACGAGAUAUCUUCCACUAUAAGCCCAUACUGACCAUGCAGCAGUUUCUCCAGUGGGGUUUCUCUCAAAGGAAAAUCUCUCUCAUUUGUGACAUCAUUAACUUGGUUCUGCAGAAACACAACCAACUGAAGAAGCCCAGAGUCAGAUGUCCUGCUUUAUACAAGGAUGGCAGAGGAGAAGCUCAUCUAACGCUGACUGGUGCAGAUACUCUCCAGAGGCAGAAAUACCUGCUGAAAGUGACAGAGGGAGAGAGGAGAGAGACAAGAAAGCAAAGCAAAGAAAACUACGGGAAACAGAAGAUCUUGAGGUGAAGAACACCUCCAGUCUGCUGCAGAACACUGAAUUCACUGAAUGAUCAUCAUCUUAGUUUGGGUUUUGGUGCACUUUUCUGUCUUCUUGGCAUUGUUAAUGGCCCUUAUUAAACCUAAUUAUCGCUAUUAUGUACUUAUCAGUUUGUUUUCUAGCAAGCUACUUGUAAUUGUAGACAAGCCUUGAAACUCCUGUAGGUGCUUUUAACUCAAGUGAGGAAGAAACGUUGUCACCAUGAAAAUUAAUGUGCAGGGAUAACGGCCCCAACUGACAAGAGUACAUUAGAUGAAUUCCAGAAUUCCACUAUGUGAGCCCUCCAAAAUUAAAUGCUUUAUUCUUAAAACUGCA